AUGAUCUUAUUUUCGCACUUGGACUUUGCCGCCUGGCCCGCCGUCGCGUUCGAAGCAGUAACUGCGAACUCGAGCGCAUCUAUUCGCACUUUCACGUACCAGGACUUGGCUGCGCAGCUAAAAUUGAAUCCGCACAAUGCAAAACUGUUGCGGCAGGCGUUUCUUCCCUCGACACGGCCCCGGCCCCGCAAACUCGCCACCCUUUCCAACUUUGUCGACCGUGGAGUUGAAAGUGUGAGCCAUCGCGGCGGCGAAUUCGCAGAGAAGAUGGCCCACUCCGCAAAAUUGGAAGAGAUUAGGCGCAGGAAUAGCAGCACUGGAAGAUAUCUGGAUACCAACCUGGACGAGGUCCGUUUUCACGGCAGGCGAGGUUUCCGGAUGGUGAACAACUCGGCGUGGAACACGACUCGUGCGACGGAUGCCGCACCGCCUGCACCCACGUCUGGACGGGAGUCUUGAGUUGUUACAGUCAUACUUUAUGAUUCUGUAUGUAAGUCUGCCUUAGUUACAGUACAACCACACUCUGAGGGCAAAGUCCCCAUGUGUAGAAAUUUUUGCUUGUUUGCACAGCACACACGAAGCCCGACGUAAACGGAAAGAAACAACUGGAAGAACGGAGAAGAAAAGUCGAAGCUCUCAAAU